UUAAAGUCGUGAGGGAAAUGUUUACUGAUCGUUAAAGAGGAACAGUCGGCUCAUUAUCUCACAGAUCUUGUUUUUGUAAGCAGUCGCCCCCUGCUGGUCACUACAUGAAGUUCUCUUUUUUUCUAUUAUGUUCCUCCUUGUGAUCUAACUCUCUCUCAGGUGAUGCAGCACCCGACGGAGGGCGGUCAGGUUCUUCCUCUCUGCAGCAACCAGAAGGACCUGCUGGGGAAGGUGGCCGAGAUCUGGAUCUUCUCCUUAUCCAGUCAGCCCAUCGACCACGAGGAGGCGGCGCUGCAGGGGGGACAGAAGAUCAAGUGCUCCGAUAACUACUCGGAGGAAGAAUACGAGAGCUUCUCCUCGGAGCAGGAGGCAAGUGACGACGCCGUGCAGGGACAGGAUCUGGAGGACGACGAGUACGAUGUGAGGAAGCCAAAGAAGCAGAGGAGGUCGAUCGUGCGGACCCCCUCCAUCACCAGACAGCAGAACUUUAAGCAGCGAGUCGUCGCUCUCCUGAAACGCUUCAGAGUCUCUGACGAGGUUCUGGACUCGGAGCAAGACCCUGCAGAGCCCCCCCCUGAGGUGGAGGAGGAGGACCUGGACCUGGACAGCGUGGAGUUUGAGAACCCGAGUGACAGCGGGCCGGAGCUGGAUGAUGAUGACAGCGUCCUCAGCACGCCAAAACCCAAACUAAAACCGUACUUCGAGGGUCUCUCCCUCUCCAGCUCUCAGACUGAGAUUGGCAGCAUCCACAGCAGCCGGAGCCACAGGGAGCCCCCCAGCCCGAUUGACCCGGAGAAAACAAAGUCUGGAGUCAAGUUUCCAGAGGACAGUGUGUCUGAUAACGUCUCCUACGAGCAGCCCGAGGCGGUGACCCCCACCACAGAGCUGGAGAUGGACAACAUGGACACCUUCCUAGAGAGACUGCCCCCCAUCGGAAAAAUGACCAAGACCGAGUCCCUGAUCAUUUCAUCCAACAG